AUGAAUUUUACCUGGGUAUUCAAAAUUUUGCUGUGUUUGAUAUUUUCAAAUCGUAUCAAUGCCAUAGGCAAUAAGGACUUUGCUAACAAAGACUACCUAAUGGUAGAAGUAAAGGGGGAUUAUGAUUUACAUAACAUACAAGAAUUACAUCCAGAUUGGGAAUAUGAAUAUGAAAUUGACUUUCUAGAUAAUUUUCAUGUGUUUAGUAUGAAGAAAGACCAUCAGUUAAUAGAAAAGUUUUCAAAGUACACAUCUAUCAAAGAGCUCUUGCAAGGUGACAAAAAAUUAAUUAAACGUGAAGAUUAUGAUUUUUUGAGUAGUUUGAAUGAUAACAAUGUUACAGGUGUUCAUUUACUACCGAGGAAACAACUAGUAAAACGUUUCCCUGUUCCCGUAUCAUAUGGGAAAGACGUACCUGUUCUACAUUCUCGAGAGAACACGAACGUUGAUUCAAGCUUAGAUGAAAUAGCUCAAGUUGCAGAAGAAUUUGGUAUUAAUGAUCCAAUCUUCAAAGAGCAGUGGCAUAUUAAGAACGCGUUCAACCCAGGACACGACGUGAAUGUAAUACCUGUGUGGAGGAAAAAUAUCACAGGCAGAGGUGUAGUGACUGCAUUGAUUGAUGAUGGCUUAGAUUAUGAGUCAAUUGAUUUGAAGGAUAAUUAUUGUCCUGAAGGUUCAUGGGAUUAUAAUGAUAACAGACCAAAUCCUAAACCAGAGUUGACGAAUGACUACCAUGGUACCAGAUGUGCUGCUGAGAUCGCAGCUUCCAGGGGCAAUGAUUACUGUGGUGUCGGGGUUGCGUAUGACUCGAAAGUAUCGGGCAUCCGGAUAUUAAGUGGUGAAAUUACCUCCGAAGAAGAAGCUGCUGCUAUGAUUUAUGGAUUAGACGUUAAUGAUAUCUAUUCAUGUUCUUGGGGGCCACCGGACAAUGGUCGUUCUAUGGACGAGCCUGAUAAGCUGAUCAAAUCGGCAAUUCUAAAAGGUAUCCAAGAAGGCAGAAAAGGGAAAGGUGCAUUGUACGUUUUUGCAAGUGGUAAUGGUGGGUCUCGUGGAGAUACCUGUAAUUUUGAUGGUUAUACCAAUAGUAUUUAUUCACUGACAGUGACAGCAAUAGAUUAUAAGGGGUUACAUCCAAACUACGCAGAAUCGUGUACUGCUGUUAUGGUAUCUACUUAUUCCUCUGGGUCUGGUGAACAUAUACAUACAACAGAUAUCCAUGAACAAUGUACUGCAAAUCAUGGUGGCACAUCUGCUGCAGCACCUUUAGCGGCUGGUAUAUAUGCACUUGUACUGGAAGCAAAUCCAGAACUAACAUGGAGAGAUGUUCAAUAUUUAACCGUACUUAGUGCGGCUGAAAUUGAACCAUAUGAUCCGUCUUGGCAAAACUCAGCAAUUGAAGGACGUAAAUAUUCGCCUAAAUAUGGAUGGGGGAAAAUUGAUGCUGAGAAAAUGGUUGACAUGGCACAGAAUAAUUGGACCUUGUUAAAACCUCAAGCUUGGUACUACAUGCCAUAUCAACAAGUGAAUAAAAAAAUUGAAAAGAAAAUUGACGAAAUUGAGGAUAACUUUGAAAUUUCAAAUGAAGUCUUACGAUAUUCUAAUUUUGAGAAAGUUGAGCAAUUAACUAUUACAGUUGAUAUUGAUUCUCAAAAAAGAGGUGACGUUGAGGUUGAUUUAAUCUCUCCCAAUGGCAUUGUCUCCAAACUAGCUGAAAAGAGGCCUAGAGAUACUGACAAAGGUGGGUUCAAAAAGUGGACUUUUUCGACAGUUGCGCAUUGGGGAGAGGAAGGUACCGGUAACUGGACAAUCAAAGUAAGAAAUGUUGGUGAAGAAAAUACCAUCAAUUUCAAAGGAUGGCAGUUAAAGGCAUUUGGUGAAUGUAUUGAUCCAGAAUUAGCUAAACGAUUUGAUAUUGAUGAAGACUAUAGUUUGGUAAAUAACGAAGAUUAUAAUAAAAAUGUUGAAAAUGGUAAAUCAUUAGAGACACCAAACUCCAGUGAAACGGGCACAAGCAAUGCAGAAACGGCUCAUACCACUAGUGAAGAAGGUAUUAAACCUACAAAUACAGGUGCUUUGGGGGCCUCGCCGUUACCUAGUGAAGAAAAUAAGCCAAAUGAUGGUAAUGAUGGAAAUACGGCACAUGCACAUAAACCUACACAUCACUAUGUAAUUUAUUUUGUUUCUUUGAUUGUCAUUGGAUUUAUUGCCUCAUUGUGGAUAUUCAAGAAAGGUAAAAAAGGAGGAGCACGUCGUUUACAAGAUUAUGAGUUUGAUAUUAUACGACCAGAAGAUGACGAAAGUAGCAGAUUCGAAUUUGAAGAUCUAGAAGAUGAUGAAGAUGCCCACGAAUUUCAUAUCGAGUCAUCCGACGAAGACGACCAUCAUCCACAUGAACAGCAGCAACGACAACCGCCAGGUAUGAAUAGUGAUUCCGAAUUUGAUUUAGGAAGCAGCUAUUUGUCUGGACACGAGAAAUCCAACACUGUGAUUGAAGAUGUUCGACAACACGAGAAAAAACAGAAUACUGAAAGUUCUGGCAUGCUACACUCGGCUUCUUCUGAAGAAUCGCCUUUUGGUGAAAUCAAUGACAAUAAACGUACUAUUCUAUAA